AUGGACUCUAAAAAUUCAUUAUUCUCUCAACCAUGUUUAGCUAUAUCGACAUUAUUUCAACGCAUUCCAACUGAUACAGCAACAGAAUUUUUUAUUUAUCGUUUAACUCCUCUACCCAUUGUCUCCAAUGGCAAUAAAUAUAUUUAUUCAAAUCUUCCAAAAAUAAUUGGAAUAAAUCCAACGUAUCAAUCAAUAAUUACAUGGAAUGACAACAUUGAUAUUCAACAAUGUACAUUUUCGUCUAUCAUUCGGUGUGAACAAAUGCCCAUCUCAAUGGCUAUAUCUAAAUCAUUAUGUAUAUCUCAAUUAUUGAAUGAUGAUCAAUUAGUACUCGAUGCGUGUCAAAUUAGUCGAUCACAACACAUUGAUCAAGAUGUGAUCAAUAUUGUUAAUAACAUUUGA